GUCGAUUCACGAAGACUGUCGUGCUGACAACUUCGUAACAAUGUUACCAUUUCACGUCGUAGUCCUUGAAGAAAUCAAUUCGCCGGAAGUUGCUGUCAAUGUUGAGAAGACAAAAUAGUCUUGCUCAAGUCCAUUUGUUAAACCGAUGCAGUGUUUCAAUCGGAAUAGCGAGGUCAAGGCUUGUUUGGAAGGACGAUUGCACGAGGUCAAGGUUUACAGCAAAAAGAUAGAAAAUAUUGGUAGAAUGACGGCCUUGACGCAGGAAGAAAUUGUGACUGGCGCCAAGUUUGUAAUCCAAGGGUUGGAUGCCCUACGUCUAGAACAUGGGGGACUGUUACAAGCCCUGCAAACUCAGGAUGCACCAGUUGCAAGAGACAAAGUUAACUUGCUAUCAAAAAAUAUUGAACGGAUAGAGUUGGGCAUUGUUGAGGCCCAAGUUAUGAUUGCUCUUGCGAACCACUUACAAAUAGUAGAGGCUGAAAAACAAAAACUUAGAACACAAGUAAGAAGGUUGUACCAAGAGAAUGCCUGGUUAAGAGAUGAGUUGGCUGGAACACAGGAAAAAUUGCUAGCCAGUGAACAAGCACUAGUCCAAAUGGAAGAGGAAAAGCAUCAUAUAGACUUCAUGGAAAGUAUGAAGCAGUAUGAUCCUGAUCCAUCUGUGGAUGAUGACAAUGCUAAAAACAAACCACCAGAUGAUCCCGUAGUUGAUCUAUUCCCCGAUGAUGAUAGGGACGACCGAAAUAGUAAAUCAACAUCACCAACACCGCAUUCGCAAUUGGCACAACAAGUAAACGCUGGAUACGAGAUACCUGCGCGCUUGCGUACGCUGCACAAUUUGGUUAUACAGUAUGCGAGUCAAGGCCGUUAUGAGGUCGCCGUUCCUCUAUGCAAACAAGCGUUAGAGGAUCUAGAAAAGACUUCUGGUCAUGAUCAUCCUGACGUCGCCACGAUGUUGAAUAUCCUUGCUUUAGUGUAUAGAGAUCAAAAUAAAUAUAAAGAAGCAGCAAACUUAUUGAAUGAUGCUUUGGCUAUUCGUGAAAAGACACUCGGUGAAAAUCACCCUGCAGUUGCUGCUACGUUGAACAACUUAGCUGUUUUAUAUGGAAAGCGGGGUAAAUACAAAGAAGCUGAACCACUAUGCAAACGAGCUCUCGAUAUUCGAGAAAAGGUUCUCGGUCACGAUCAUCCUGAUGUCGCGAAACAGCUAAAUAAUCUGGCGUUGCUCUGUCAGAAUCAGGGCAAAUACGAUGAAGUGGAGCGCUAUUACUUGCGAGCGUUAGAAAUCUACGAGGACAAACUUGGUCUGGACGAUCCUAAUGUCGCGAAGACAAAGAAUAAUUUGGCAUCGUGUUAUUUGAAGCAGGCAAAAUAUAAGGACGCGGAAGUUUUAUACAAACAAGUAUUGACUAGGGCACACGAAAAGGAAUUUGGAGCUAUUGCUGGCGAUAAUAAACCAAUCUGGCAGGUUGCAGAAGAAAGAGAAGAGAAUAAACAUAAAAAUAAAGAGAAUGCUCCAUAUGGAGAAUAUGGAGGUUGGCACAAAGCUGCAAAGGUGGACUCACCUACAGUCACGACAACUUUAAAGAAUCUUGGUGCAUUAUACCGAAGGCAAGGAAAAUACGAGGCAGCAGAAACUCUAGAAGAUUGUGCUUUCAGGUCACGAAAAGAGACAUUGGAGUUCGUGAAACAAGGGAAAGUCGCACAGAUUUUAGGGGAAGAAAAAGGAUCGACGAGACGCGGCUCACGAUCCAGUUUAACCAACAGCGAACACGAGCAACAUGACGAGGACCGGAAGUAUUACGUUCACGCGCAGUAAAGGAUACUACGUAAGAGAACUAUACGCGAAACGAUAACGCAAGGUUGAUAAAAGGGCUCUGCAUUGUUUAGUUGAAACAUUGACUGACGUCCACUUAAUGUGAAUCGUUUAACGUAUAACAGCACAUUCCAACUGCUUUUCUCGAUCAAUCAGACGCACCGUAAUGAAGUACUCCAUGUUGCUGCUCGUGCUCGAUACGGGACGAUUAUGGCUUCGUGCUAGCGACUGACCAUUUGGAAUAAAAAGCAAAGAGAGGAAACACAGAAUGUUUGCAAGGCGAAUUGGUUUAUCCUGCUUCGAUCGUGUACUUAAAUCAAAAACACAGAAUCCAAGUCAAUUUUUUGCGUUUUUUUUGUCUAUCCGAUAGAGGAACGAGAGAGAAUUCACUGUUGCAAGUUACAUUGAUCCAAAAAGUAAAAAAGAAAAUCGCGAUAUAUUGAAUUUUUCCUCGCAUUGUGCAGUAAGAGCGACGAACAGUUUUCUUCUCAGACAUUAUGCGUCCAUAUUACAUCUACAUGCAUCCGAUCAGACCGUAUACACGUAUACAUAUCCCUUUUGUUGAUCACUAUACCAUAUUUAAAGUACCGCGAUAACGUGUAAUCAUUCCACGAGCUCUAGCUUCUGUCGAUCGAGGCUCUGAAAGAGCCAGGAGAAAAAGGCAUUCAUAUUUAAACAUAUGGGGAACAUUUGUAUGUCGCUUAGCAUUAUUGAAUGUAUUCUUAUACACAUGAAAAUACACAUACACCGUGCACGUUAGAAUAAUGCGAGUAUAUUCAUUGUCAUAUUAAAGAGUGUAACAAGCUGAAAGGGGGAGAGUCGCGUUUUCCUUUUCAUUUCUGUCGUGGAGUUUAAUUAAGCAAAAAGAUAACGUGUAAACAAGCUGAAAGAAAUUGAAAGAGCCAAUCUGCCGGGCGAUGUUGAUUUCUCUGUUCUAUUUAUAAUCGUACAUUUAAGUACUUAUAUUAUAUAUUUACAUAUUUGCAAAUAUUUAAUUUAUUCUCUUUGCGUAUGUUCCGUUGUUUAAACGACGAUACUAGUGCGAGCAUGACGGAUAUUAUACGUUGUAUUAUAAGAUUGCAAUUAUUUAAAUUAUUUUGAAGAGGAGGAAACCGAAAGUUCUAGAUCUUUCCUUUUUCUUUUUUUUCUGGAGACACUUUUAUUGGAGUGCGCGAAACAAGGAUUCCAUUGGUAAAUUUGUAAUAUUCGUGCUGAAUAUCGUAUACUUUCGAAAGUCAGGAAUUAUAUUGUAAUCGGCUAUGAAUUAAAACUAAGUUUGAGAAAUCCUUUGAGAUCGUUGAGCAAUUACGACGAUAGAGAAUGAUGAUCAUUUGAAUUAGUCGAGUCCUCACGGUAGAUUUAAGCUUUGUUCGAGUUAAAGACCUCACAUUUGUGUUUCGAAUACAGCGUUGUCAUUUUCUGUCAGUUUCAUACAGCACAUGUCAUUUAACUAAUAUUUCAUUGCGAAAUCAGUUGCUAUAAUGGCUAAUAGCUAUACCGUUUGCUACAUUCAAUUACUGAUAAUGAUCAUGUUUUGCGCUAUAAUCAUUGAGAUGAAUACAUGAACAAGCAUGGAAAUCAUUAUUACGAAUAAUUAAUAAUUUAUUCGUAUUGUACAGUAAUUAUAAUUGCUUCCAUAGCAACUGCCGAUGGAAGGCAACUAUAAUUGUGUUUAGAAAUACUAUGCCAGAAAGUAGCUAAUGUAAUCUAUUUAUGAGACAUUUUCAUCAUUAUUUGAUGACAACGAACAAGCUAAUCUUGCAAAGAGCUACUGGUAAAUUAUUAAUAAUAUUAUUACAAUAUGCAUAAGAAUGCUGCAUAAGAAUAAUAUAACAAAUUGAAAAAAGGAGCAACUUUUACACAAUGGCUGCUUGCUUGUUUAACACUAUUCGCAUGUGUAUAUUAAAUAAUUGUGAAAGAAUUAAAAAGUCUUUCAUUUGAUUGCAAAAUUUUUAUAAUGUGGGUUCCAUUGGACUGGCCUAGUUCAAAAGAUUUAAGAUUACACCCAGGAUAUGGAUGUAUAGCAAACAUUUACAGUCGUAGCGAUAGUUCAUUCUCAAUUUUUAUGCAAUAUUGGUCGCAAGACGAUGAUUUGAUUUCGAUUUUACGAGGAUGAAUUUUGAUUCGUAAUUACGGAUACGACCUCAAUGAUAGGUUCUGCGUAUAUCGAUGACUCUUAGUCAGUUUUAAGUAAUCAUUUUCCCUCUGUCAUUAAUUGUCUUCAUUCUCUUAGUACAUGUUUUCAUUUGAUUUUCAUGUGUGCUCUCAUUACCCUGGAAAAAUAUGCAUUUAUUGAUAUACGCUAUCAUAUUCUGCGCCUGAGAGCUUGGAGGCCUAGAAUUAGUAGUUUUUAUUCUGUCUUAGGUGCUUUUUAUUUUACCAAUCAACCUUAACAGAGAUAUUUUUUGCUUCUUGGUAUCUUGGUUAUCAGCACAAUAUAGCGCACCAUAAAACAAUUUUUUCACAAUUAUCACAGCUGGAUUUUAAUAGUAUCUUUAAGUGCAAUUUAUGUGCAAUCUAAUUAGGAUUAAUCUUUUAACUUCAGUUAAAUGAUAUGCAGUUAUUUAUAUGAUAUGUAACAUUGACUGCUUUAAUUAGUCAGUUUUUAAACUCAUGUGGAGUAAAUCUCAUCAGAGAUCCAUUUAUAAUGCAUGCUCAGCAUCGCAUAUGCGGCCAAAGCACAUGUAAUUCUUAGACGCUUUAUUUUGGGCUUUUAUUAUAGUUUAUUAGAUGUUAUAGUAAUUUUUUUUCCGUAUGAAAGGGGUUAAUUUUUU